AUGGCCAUUCAACUAACUCGAAGAGGAGCUCUCUCUCUGCUGCUCUUCCUCACUCCAGCAGUGACGCCAACCUGGUAUGCAGGUUCAGGCUACUACCCAGAUGAAAGCUACAAUGAAGUAUAUGCUGAAGAGGUCCCACAGGCCCCUGCCCUAGACUACCGAGUCCCCCGAUGGUGUUAUACAUUAAAUAUCCAGGAUGGAGAAGCCACAUGCUACUCACCAAGAGGAGGAAAUUAUCACAGCAGCCUGGGCACUCGCUGUGAGCUCUCCUGUGACCGGGGCUUUCGACUGAUUGGACGGAGGUCGGUGCAAUGCCUGCCAAGCCGCCGUUGGUCUGGAACUGCCUACUGCAGGCAGAUGAGAUGCCACGCAUUGCCAUUCAUCACGAGUGGCACCUACACAUGCACAAAUGGGGUGCUUCUUGACUCUCGCUGUGACUACAGCUGUUCCAGUGGCUACCACCUAGAAGGUGACCGCAGCCGAAUCUGCAUGGAAGAUGGGCGAUGGAGUGGAGGCGAGCCUGUAUGUGUAGACAUAGAUCCCCCCAAGAUCCGUUGUCCCCACUCCCGUGAGAAGAUGGCAGAGCCAGAGAAACUGACUGCUCGAGUAUACUGGGACCCACCCCUGGUGAAAGAUUCGGCUGACGGCACCAUCACCAGGGUGACACUUCGGGGCCCUGAGCCUGGCUCUCACUUUCCCGAAGGAGAGCACGUGAUUCGUUAUACUGCCUACGACCAAGCCUAUAACCGGGCCAGCUGCAAGUUCAUUGUAAAAGUACAAGUGAGACGCUGUCCAACUCUGAAACCACCACAGCAUGGCUACCUCACCUGCACCUCAGCGGGGGACAACUAUGGUGCCACCUGUGAAUACCACUGUGAUGGAGGGUAUGAGCGCCAAGGGACCCCCUCCCGGGUGUGCCAGUCCAGCCGCCAGUGGUCAGGAUCACCACCUAUCUGUGCUCCUAUGAAGAUUAAUGUCAAUGUCAACUCGGCUGCUGGCCUUCUGGAUCAGUUCUAUGAGAAACGGCGACUCCUCAUCAUCUCGGCUCCUGAUCCCUCCAACCGAUAUUAUAAAAUGCAGAUCUCUAUGCUACAGCAAUCCAUCUGCGGACUGGACCUGCGGCACGUGACCAUCAUUGAGCUGGUGGGGCAGCCACCUCAGGAAGUGGGGCGCAUCCGGGAGCAACAGCUGUCAGCCAGCAUCAUCGAGGAGCUCAGGCAAUUUCAGCACCUCACUCGCUCGUACUUCAACAUGGUGUUGAUUGACAAGCAGGGAAUUGACCGGGAACGCUACAUGGAACCUGUCACUCCCGAAGAAAUCUUCACGUUCAUUGAUGACUAUCUACUGAGCAACCAGGAGCUGACCCAGCGCCGGAUGCAAAGGGACAUAUGCGAGUGAACUUGAGCCAGGGUAUGGUUGAGGUCAAGGGCAAAGGUCCCAUAGUCAGCCGAAACUGGGGCCUAAUAAAAGGAGAAAAUGCUUUUUCCACAGCUCUAGGGACAGGACUCUGAAGUGGGUGAGGUUCCCGGAUCCUGGGACAUUUCCAGGCACCUUUUUAGGGCUGUGGAAUAGUUUCCUUAAGUAAGUCUCUGCUUUAGGUAGCACUGGAGGAGCAUAAGAAGCUAGGG